UAACAACGCAUGUGUAACUUCUGUGCCUGGCAGUACACUAGCAGUUCAAUGACUGACUAAUUCAAAAUUUCAUUAUACACUGCCUGAGCUAAAUAAUAAGAGUUAUGAGGGCUCACAUACUAAUUUUCAUUUUUGGUUCUGCCAUUGUUGUUUCAAGUAUAACCGCGGACAAAGGCAAAGGAAAGCAUUAUGAAAAAGAAAAAGUGUGUGAAGAGCUCCGAGUCAUUGGAUCAAAAAACUUUAAAAUAAUAGUGAGAGCCAUAUACAGCCAAAAGUUCCCAAAUGGAACAUUUGAAGAAGUAAACUGCGUGGCUGAUGAAAUGGCUAAGCUAGCAGAACAGUGCUGCCAAGAUGAUGCUAGUCUUGACUGCUAUGACAAAGGGGGCACAGAGAUCUCAGACAAGUCUUGUGGGAAGGACUCACCUUUUCCCAAACACCCAGGCAUUGAUCAGUGCUGCAAGGUCCAAGGUGAUGAGAGGAAACUGUGCUUGGCCAUGCUGCGCUAUUCAGCAGAAGAACUUCCCUCUCUGCUGGAGCCCACACCUGAAGAGAUCUGUACACAGUAUACUCAGGACCCCAGCAACUAUUCUCUGAGGUAUGUAUACGAGUUUUCCCGAAGAUACAGGAAUAUCCCAGCAGGAUUUGUUCUAAAUGUCUCUCAAAAUCACGUGAGGAUGGCAGAGAACUGCUGUAAGCCCGAUGCAUCAAAACCCUGCUUUUUCAAAGAGAGGUUUCAACAGAGGAGCACAGCCAAUUUCCUGAAGUUUCUCUCCAACAUGUGUAACAAUGAAGUCAAUUUGAAGUCUCACAAGACUGGGCUGACUGCAUAUUUUGGAAGGCUCUUAAGAGUACCAUUCGAAGAAGCAUUGGCUAUUUCUAAGCAGUUUCAGUCUGGGCUUGCAAAAUGCUGUUUGCAACCACAACCUCAAUGUGUCACUGAAGAGUUUAUCAGCUUUCAAAGGGUCCUCUGUAAGGAUGGUGGCAACGUAUCUACGGAACUGCAAAGAUGCUGUAACAAAGACCCUCUGGAUGCUGUCACCUGCAUGGAUAGCGUAAAAAAACAUCCUGUCAUCUCUUCAGAUCUGCAGAUCCACUCGGCACAGCUCUGCGAGGAAGCCCGACCAGAUAGCACAGAGAGAUAUCUGUUCCAGAUUGGGGUGAAGCAUGUGUCAGUCUCAUUGCCUGUACUGACAACUAUUCAGGAUGUGAUGAGAAGCACAGUGGCAGCCUGCUGCACAGACACUAAUGACAUCACAGCAUGUUUAAAGGACAGUAAAUUGGAGAAAGCAGCAAUGCUAGUGUCAAGGAUUGACAACUUCUGUUCACAGUAUUUUCAACUGGAGUUUCCAGCAUUCAAAACAAAGAUCAAGCAAGAGUUCCAGGGAGAUGAGCCCAAGAGCCAGAUGUGGUUGGAUCUGACCACCAGUUGCUGCUCCCAACAUUCACCUGCACACAUGUGCCAAAAACAGACAGAGGCGAUCAUUAAGGAUGAGGAUGUUGCUGCGGCUUGAAAACUUACAGCAGGAUUUCCAUGACAGAUCCUGGGCUUAAGAGAACGCACAUCAUAAAUUCGAAACGUUUAAUUAUACUCCAUUUUGUCAUGUUCCCACAGGGUUUAUGAUAUGAGUUUAAAAGUUGUUUUGACUCUUCAUCUCCCCCAAAACAGAUCAAUACCAUGAAUUUCUGUUGCCACAGAGGCAGAAAGCUUUGCCUGUUCUAAUUAAAGAAGAUUUGAAAGAUAUUUACACAUCAGAUUUUCAAAGCAAUAUGCGAGAUUUAUGAUAUACAGUAUAACCAUAUGAUUUAAACAAAUAAAGCUAAACAGAAUAGUGCACAAAUAUGCAUAUACAAAUUGUUCUUGGUAUUCUCUUUAUACCACUUUAUACUGCAAGUAAUCUAAUGGUGAUUCAUCUUUUGUUUAGGUCUGACAUUAGUCCGUCUAUGUUUAAAAGCACUUUAUGAUCUUGUAAUAAUAUAUGUUCUUUUUUUUUGUUUUAGAAAAUGAGUGAAUGUAGAUUUAAUUUCUAUUUGGGUCAAUAUAAGUUUACUUAGUUUAUUAGUCACAAUAAUAUUUUCAUGCAAGGCACACAUUUUCUGCAAUACUGGGUUGAUGUUCCAGUUUAUCAGACAGUGUCAUGUUUUUAAGUAACUAAUUUCCGUCUGGAGUUAUCUGCACUUAGCAAUAAUAAGGAAGCAAUUAAUUACAGUAAUUAAGGGUAAUUAUGUAAUCAUUUUGUGUGUGUUUGGGGGGGGGUGUUGGCACUUGCUUAAUCAUAUUUAAUUAAGGUUUGAGAGAUAAGCGUUUACAGUUGUGUGAGCAAAGUAAAGGGAAAUAUGUCAAUAAUUAUACACUACUCAGAGAAUAGGUACAAUAUAAACUUUAAAAUACAAGGAAAUGAUUAGCAAAUACAUACAGAAUAUUAAAAUCUUUUGUGUAAAAAAACUUGAUGAAUACAGUAUUUGAGCAAUAUGGGGAAGCUUAAAGGUUUUUACAAACUCCAUAUAAUUUGUAUUUUAUUCAACUGUUCUUUUAAAGCUACAUUACUUUCUCUUUU